CAUGACAGACAUUUUUGAUUUCAGAGACAGGCAGAGCGUUUCCGAGAAGUCGGAAGCAAAUAUAUAUAUAUUUUUACGUUUACCAGCUUUACUAAAUGUUGUUUUCCCCAUAACCCCGAAAUCGCCUUGAUCAACAGGUGUUCACAUUAUGAAUUAGCUGUUUACAUCAGCGCACCCAAGUAGUCGUCUCAGGUUGUCAUCGAGCUAAAGACUGCAAGCCAACAUGAGUCCAGAAGGAAAGACCCUGCUCAACAUCAUUAUCCUGGGCUUGGGGUUCAUGGUUAUUUUUACUGCCUUUGGCACCUGCGGGAACAUUGAACAAACCGUGAUAAAGAGUUUCAACAGUACAGAGUUUCAUGGAAGUGGCUACACAAGCAUGGCGAUUAUCUACGCCGUAUUCUCUGCGUCUAACCUUAUAGCGCCCUCGGUGAUAGCUGUCAUUGGACCUCAGUUGUCUUUGUUUUUUAGUGGACUUGUUUACAGUGGUUAUAUUGCUGUUUUCAUUCAUCCGUACACCUCGUCAUUCUACACUUUAUCUGUGUUGCUUGGAAUCGCCGCUGCAGUGCUCUGGACAGCCCAGGGGAAUCUGCUCACCAUCAACUCCAAAGAUUCCACCAUUGGGAGAAACAGUGGAAUAUUUUGGGCAUUGAUGCAGUUUAGCUUAUUCUUUGGUAAUCUCUACAUAUUUUUUGCCUGGCGUGGCAAGAGUCACAUAACAGGUGUUGGUGAAAUACUUGGCGGGGGAGUAUUUGGGAUCCUAGAUAAGUGUAAUCGUUUCGGCAGAAACCCGGUGGUGUUUUUGGGCCUGUUCACCCAUAUAGUGGCAUUCUUCCUCAUCUUCCUCAACAUAGCCAGUGAUGCUCCCGUGGCCCCAGAGGAAGGCACACAAAUGCAAGCUUUUAUCCAGCCCAGUGUGACUGUGGCGCUGAUAUGCAGUUUUCUGCUGGGUCUGGGUGAUAGUUGUUUCAACACUCAGCUCAUCAGCAUUGUGGGCUUCUUGUUCCGGGAGGACAGUGCUUCAGCAUUCGCAGUCUUUAAAUUUGUUCAGUCCAUCACAGCUGCGGUGGCCUUCUUCUACAGCAACUAUUUUCUCCUGCACUGGCAGCUGCUCAUUAUGGUGCUGACGGGCUUCCUGGGCACCAUUACUUUCUUUGUGGUGGAGUGGGGCGUUAUCAGCAGUCGACGGGACUCUGAUUAUGACAGUAUCUGAUAGGAAGAGUUAGAAGGACUGAAGUGCCAGAACGACCGUCUCAUCUCCAGCCAUCAGACACCCAAAAAUGAAACAUCUGUCAUGAUUUACUCAUCCUCAGUUUCAUAGGGUGUUGUUUUGUGGAACACGAGGGGAGUUUUCUGAAGAAUCUUCAUGCAGCUCGUUUCACCACAAAGACCGUUCAUAGUGACCACAGAUGUCAAGCACUGAAACAAACAUGAACAUGCCAUACUACUCAUGCACUAUAUUACAAGUUUUCCGAAGCCCUACAAUUGCUUUGUCUCAGGAACAUAUUGAAAUGUAAGCUGAUAAACUUCCCUCCUGUCAAAGCUCUAAAAUCAAAUCCACAUUCAAACAUGCCACUUUAACUCUUUGCAUGAGGUUCAGCCAAACUCUAUUGGUCUUUUGUAUGUGUCGUAAACGAACACAACUUACCAGUUUGAAUACAAGGAAUGAGAUUUGCGAGCUGGGGCCUUAAUUGCCCUAAAUUUCAGUCUGAUCCUCAAAGAAAACGAUUACAUGACAUCAGACAGAGUGCAUUAGACAUAUUUAUUGGUGCAUUUUGGAGCUUGUCAGAUGUGGUCACUUUGAAUUUUGUUGUGUGGGAAAGAGAUGUGUAACGAGUCCUCUGAAAUUCAGCUUUUUUGUUCCAUGAAAUCCAAAAAUGAGGUUAUGUAAAUGAAGACAGGGGUUUUUUAGGUGAACUACUCCUUUAUGUAGUUAUUGAAGUUCUAUUUAAACUCAGAUAUUGUAAAGAAGUCUUAGUGCAAAUGCAAUAAAUCACUUAAAUGUACACUACCGCUGUGAGACUAUAGAUGAGAAAUAUGAUUAAAGAAAAUCAGUAUCAGCGUGAAACACUCAAUGCACAGUCAGUAAUUAAAUUAGAAUGUCUUGUUUAUUUUAAUUAUUUUGCCAGUUGUCUUUUUGUUUUUUAAGAAAACAAUUUUGCCAAAGAUUGAAGCACUCUAGAAAUGUGCUUCUUUUUUUUAGGUUUGUCCUUGUUUGUGUGAAGUGAGCAAAUAUGUCAAUGAAACCGAUUGCUGAUGUAAUCGAUAGAAAACAGAAAGAAAGACAUGGGAAUCAUUUUUUGUAAUUGCAAUUAUACUAAUAUCAAGCUGGGCUUAAGUCAACAUGCCAUUGUAAAUAACAAUGCAUUGAGAAAGACUCUCUUAAUACAUUCACAAUACGUAUGUUACGAGCUCAUUUGCAUGGGAGUAGGAGCUACAUGUAGGUUAUUACGGCGAAAACGGUUCAGAGCAAUCUAUAGGAUGAUGAGGGAAAAUGUGACAAGAAUAUCUGGUCGUAUACUUGAAUGUAUCGUACUGUAAAAAUGGUAAUGGCACCUGGAUAUUCUGUUUUCUUUUAUAAAUAUGUGUAUAUAUGGGAUUAAAGUCCUUUUUGAGCC